AAGAGAUUGUAAAGAUAUGUAGUGGGGAUAUAACGUCUUGAAGGGGUGAGGCCGAAUGUUCUGGAUUGAACGAAGAUUGCGCCGAUGGUAUCUUUAUUCCCGACGAAAGUACUAGUCUAAUUGCAAUGCAGAGAUGCAUUGUCGGGGAAGGGCAGACAUUCAAGGGACCGCAGGAGUUUAGAAAGUUACUGAAGAAUUAUUCUAUUGCCACUCAGAAACACUUCAGGUACCAAAAGAAUGAUUCGAGCAAAAUUAUUGCGGUGUGCAUCGACAAAGGCUGUGGUUGGCGUAUUUAUGCAUCCUUCCAUGCUCGUGAUGCAUCAUUCAGCAUUCGUAAGUGCAAUUUACAUCACACAUGUACUAUGAGUCUAUUGCAAUCAAGAGAUCAUCCAGCAGCCGAUGCGAACUGGAUUUCUGAGGUCUACAAAGAUAAGAUACGUUCUAUGCCAGCGUAUAAGGCAUCCGACAUCCGGGAGCAUAUCCAAACAGAUUAUGGGAUUGACGUGAAAUAUCAUAAAGCAUGGCGUGGCAAAGAGAAUGCGAUAAGGGCAAUUAAUGGUGGAGGUAGAGACAGUUUCUCACAACUUCCGUGGUACUGUCAUGCACUUCGGGAGUCAAAUCCGGGAAGUAUUAUAGACUGCGAAGUUGAGCAGGCAACCAAACGUUUCCAACGCCUUUUUGUUUGUUUAGGUGCAUGCCGGCUGGGUUUUUUGAGGGGUUGCAGGCCCCUACUCUUUCUUGAUGGGACACAUAUAAAAAACAAACACAAAGGGUGUCUGCUAAGUGCAAUUGCAGUGGAUGGGGAUGAUGGGAUGUUUACUUUAGCAUUUUCUGCUGUGUCUACGGAAAAUGAUGAAAAUUGGGAGUGGUUUUGCUGGAAGCUGCGAUCUGUUUUAGAAUGUGAGGGACGCACGGAUUGGAAACAGUACACAUUCUUCUCGGAUCGGCACUCGGGUUUACUAAAGUCAAUCUCGUGCGUCUUUCCCGGAGCACAUCAUGCGUACUGUCUCCGACACUUAGUGGACAACUUCCGUACCCAGGUUAUGCGGAGAUACCCAAUGCAUAAUAAGAAGCGAUGGACCGCUGUCUUCAAUAAGGCCGCCUAUGCUCCGUUGAGGAGAGAUUUCGAAAACCACAUUAGUUCUGUGGUCGAAUCAAUGCCAUUGGCCAGGGACUUCAUUACCCAAUCACACCCAGAAUGUUGGGCAAAUUCACUAUUCAGAGGCACUCGUUGGGGAAUAAUAAAUAAUAACAUUGCUGAGUCAUGGAAUAGUUGGGUGAGGUCCGCGAGGUCAAUGCCAUUCGUUGGGAUGUUGGAUACCAUUAGAAGGCAAGUGAUGGUAAUGAUGAAUGAACGCCGCGAAAAGUCGGAGAUAAUGCACGGAAGGCUCUGUCCAAAACAGGAGAGCAAGUUGGCACUAUCGUACAUGGCGUCUCGACGGCUACAGUGCAGUUCAUCCUCUAGAACUGUAUUCGAGGUAACAGAUUGUAAUGAAAGAUACGCAGUCGAUUUGGAGGCGCGCAAAUGCUCUUGUCGAGAAUGGCAAAUGUUCCGAUUGCCCUGCAAGCAUGCCUGCGCUUGCAUUGAAAAAUGCAGUAUGUCAAUUUAUGAUUUUUGCGAUCUUUACUAUAGCAUUGAAUGCUACAGAAAAACGUACCAGGAGCCAAUAAAUCCCGUACCGACGCAUGAUAUGGACGUGAUUGUUGAAAUUGAGGCGGACCAAAUUCACCCUCCUCCGUCGUCUGUCCAACCAGGCCGGCCAAAGAAGCGAAGGUUCGAGUCCCAGCAGGUAAAGAAUGCACGAAAAUGUGGUCGUUGUGGGCGUCUUGGACAUAAUAGAAGAAGUUGCAAGCAACGAAUAGAUUAGCGAACCUUUUUUUCAUUGUACAUCUUUUUGGCUUCCAGGAGUAUAUAUUAAGACAGUAGGUACAUAUUCAAUAGCUAUAUUGUAAUUGUUUUUUGUGUCUCUAGGAUGUAACCGGUUGGAUCCAUCGACUUAUUUGCAGUAGUAAGUGGUAUGUAGCCCUCUCACGCAGGUAUAUGAUGAAGUUGUGAAGGUUCAUAGUUAUAUUCUGCAGGUAUAUUUUUCAUGUACUGAGGCAUUUGAUUA